GGAGUGUGUCUGUGCGAGUCUGCAACUGCGUAGUUGGAAUUUGCCAAACUUUUGAAGGGGCAGAAAAUGUUGGACCCUCGCUGGGCCAUCUCAGGGGGCUUCGGGAUUGCAACCCUGUUUCAGCCCGAGCUGGCCACCAGGACUGGGGGGAGGCGAGGGCUUGCAACAGCUCUCGGAAGACGCAGCAACGAUGGUAGAAAUGUAUUUUUUUUUCCCCUUUGGGGGUGGGGAGAGAGGAUUUCUGUUCUGAAGAUUCCGCAGCCACGCAUCCAGAAGGCGAGGGAUGUUGCAAAGCAGGUCCCCCGAGGGAGAGUCUCGUUCCUCCCUCAUCCAUCCCCCCCACCCUCACCCCAGCCGACAGGAUGGCAACUUGGACAUGGAAGCUGCGUUGUUGUAUCGCCGCGUUCGUCCCCCAGCAUGGCCGACAUCGCGAGGGUUGACCCUUGGGCUCCGACCGGGACGCUCUGUCACCUUGCUCUGAGCUGCCCCACUGUGACGGUGAGCCCUGUGUUUGCUUGGAUCCUGUCUAUUGCAAAAUGUGGCUUGAUUUGUCUUGUUUAUCCUUUUGUCCUUGUAAUCGACCUCGUACUGAUGAGCAGACUCUUCAACGUUUGUGCGACAGUGUUUCGGCAACUCAUCACCACGUUAGCUAAAACAGGGAGCGAUUGUCGAAGGCGGGUUUCAUUUUGA